AUGCUGUGCCUGGGCUUCACCUCACUGCUUGUGCUGGUGCUGGGGACCAGCUCCGGGACUGCCUUCCCCCGGGACGCCCUGAAGAAGGGCUGCAGCCUGUCCAAGUACCGGUUCCCGGUGCCCCACGAGCUGCAGGCUGUGUGGAAGCUGAAGAAGCAGUUUGAGGACAUCAUGCCACUGUCAGACCACAAAUGCCACACCAGGCUCUUCCAUCGGAAAUGGAAAGUAGCAAGCCUGUCGGUGCUUGACCGAGUGAAGCUGGUGGAAGCCGAGCUGGACUUUGCCAUCAGCAUGCUGGAGCUCCCUGCUGAUCCCAGGUUUGCCAAGACACGCUGGCAGCCCCUGGCCUUCCUCACUCAAGUCCAGGAGGACCUGCGAGGCUGUAUGGACACAGAGGCUCUUUUGCAUCAGCCCUCUGGGAAAGUGAGGCACUGGCUGCACAAGCUGCAGGAGGCCAAGGAAAGCCGGGGGGUCGGCUGCCUGGAGGCCUCUGCCAUCCUCCACCUCUUCCAAAUCCUGCACGACCUGCAGUGUGUGGCUCUCUGGGAGCAGUGCACCUAG